AUAUAAUUUAAUAAAUAAAAAUUUCUUUUUUUUUUUUUUUCUUUCCUUUCCUUUCUUUUUCUCCUUCUCUUUCCUUUUCUCCUUCCCCUCCCCUACUGGCCGCCGAUGCUCCGGCUCCGACCCCGACAGCUAGUGCUGGCUCGUUGUCGCCGUCAUUUGUCUCGGCUGUCUUUGCCGUCGUCGUUGCUUUGCUUCUCGGCUCCUCGCUCCGGAUCUAAGCUGAGAUUGCUUGCUGGCGGUCAUAUGCCAUUCGCUAAUUGUGGAUUCAUAGGUGCUGGGUUUCGAACCCAGGUGCUGGGUUUCGAACCCAGCGCCUGGGUUUGAGUCGAACCCGCCUGGGUUUUUUUGUUCUAUUUCUUUGUUGGCUUGCAGUCAUGCUUGAAUGGGAUUUAGAGUUUUGUGUGGUUUCUGAUUGCUUGAAUUUCCAGAUUUAGUUACUGUUGAUGUUGAUUGAAGGAAUGUGGUGUUUUUUUCAUUUUUCUUUGCAAAUCUGGUAUACAUUUGUAGAGGAAUUGAUUUUUUGAAUCAGAUUUAUUGAGUUCUAUUAGGGAGGAGGUUUGGGGAAGAAGUAGAUGGUGAUUGGAGUGGUAAUAGAUGAUCGGAGUAAUG